UGCGCGUGACGUGUCAUUUUCCGCACAGGCAUUAUGGCAUCCAGGACUGAAGGAAAAAUUAUGAAACUGCGGCGUUAAGCGUGCAUAUAGAUCAGAUAUGUCAUCAGGAUCAUAUAGAUAAUAUACAUCAGCAUGAUUAAGAUCAUAUUUAUGGCACACAAGCGCGUUUUCGGCUGAACAGAGGCACAUUUAUUGAUGUGUGUGACACUGAGGGUUUAUUUAUAUGUCUCGCGCUGGAGCCGACGCAUCGGUCAGUUUAGUUUCAUUUCUUAGUCGUUAAUUAGAGUGUAAUUAGUGUUGAAUGAGUGUAAAGAUGUCGACGAGCAGUCCUGAAGCGGUGAAGAAACUCCUGGAGAACAUGCAGACGGAUCUGCGCUCGCUGUCUAUGGAGUGCAAGAAGAAAUUCCCUCCAGUCAAAGAGGCUGCAGAAUCCGGCAUCGUCAAGAUCAAAACUAUUGCUGCUAGAAACACAGACAUCCUUGCGGCGCUGAAGGAGAACAGUUCUGAGGUGGUUCAGCCAUUCCUCAUGGGCUGCGGAACCAAAGAACCCAAAAUCACUCAGAUGUGUCUCGCCGCCAUUCAGAGACUCAUGUCACAUGAGGUCGUGUCUGAGGCAGCAGCAGGGAACAUUAUUAACAUGUUAUGGCAACUAAUGGAGAACGGACUGGAGGAGCUCAAACUACUGCAGACGGUUCUAGUGCUCCUCACAACUAACACAGUAGUUCACGAUGAAGUUCUGUCAAAGGCCAUCGUUCUGUGUUUCCGACUCCACUUCACGAAAGACAACAUCACCAACAACACGGCGGCUGCAACCGUCAGACAGGUUGUUACCGUGGUGUUCGAACGAAUGGUUGCAGAGGAUGAGAAAUUUAAAGGUUUGACGGAAGAGCCCCCUGUUGUCCUGGGCAACAGUAACCGCCGCUCUGUUAGCACCCUGAGACCCAGCGCUAAAGACGCCUACAUGCUGUUCCAGGAUUUGUGUCAGUUAGUGAACGCUGACGCCCCCUACUGGUUAGUGGGAAUGACAGAGAUGACACGCACGUUUGGUUUGGAGCUGCUGGAGUCUGUGUUAAACGACUUUCCGGAAGUUUUCCUGCAGCACCAGGAGUUCAGUUUCCUGUUGAAGGAGCGCGUGUGUCCGCUGGUCAUCAAGCUCUUUUCUCCAAACAUCAAGUUCCGUCAGGGCAGCAGCAGCAGCAGCGCGGCAUCUCCAGCGCCCGUCGAGAAACCUUAUUUCCCCAUCUGUAUGAGACUGCUGCGGGUAGUCUCAGUCCUGAUUAAACACUUUUACAGCCUCCUGGUGACAGAGUGUGAGAUCUUCCUCUCUCUGCUGGUGAAGUUUCUGGAUGGAGAGAAGCCACAGUGGUUGAGAGCUGUAGCUGUGGAGUCUGUGCACAGAUUGUGUGUACAACCACAUUUACUGCGGUCUUUCUGUCAGUCGUAUGAUAUGAAGCAGCAUUCCACUAAAGUCUUCAGAGAUAUCGUCAACGCUCUGGGCUCCUUCAUCCAGUCGCUCUUCAACCUUCCCAACACAGGAAGCACAUCAUCCACCAGCACAACUGCAGCUGGGUCAGUAUCGGGUUCACAGGCGUCUGGUCAGGGAGGUCCAGGUGUCGCAGGUCCCGGUGGAGGUUUGACCUUACAGGCAGCGUUUGAGUACAGGGGCACCUGGAUCCCCCUCAUGAACGUCAGUGUGCAGGGCAGUGCUAAAGCCACAUAUCUGGAGAUGUUGGAUAAGGUGGAGCCGCCCUCAAUCCCUGAAGGUUACGCCAUGUCUGUGGCAUUCAGCGCUCUGUUAGACCUGGUGAGGGGCAUCACGACGAUGAUUGAUCGUGAGAGAGCCAAAGAGAAACAGGAAACCGCUACGAGAGAUGAGGCGGAGCCUGUGAACUCUCCACAGAGAGCAAACAACCAACAGGAAUCUAUGGCUCAUGAGGUUUGGGAAGAGAUGGUGAACGCCUGCUGGUGUGGACUGUUAGCUGCGCUCUCACUUCUACUAGAUGCCAGUACGGACGAGACGGCCACAGAGAACAUCCUGAAGGCGGAGCUGUCUAUGGCAUCAUUGUGCGGGCGACUGGGUUUGGUGACUCCACGUGAUGCUUUUAUUACUGCAAUCUGUAAAGCGUCUCUCCCACCUCACUACGCCCUGACCAUCCUGAGCAGCAACGCCACCAACCUCUCCAAUAAAGUGUACUCUAUCCAGGGUCAAAGUGUACAAAUGGUCAGUCCGUCAAGUGAGUCUCACCAGCAGGUGGUGGCAGUGGGUCAACCGCUUGCUGCACAGCCACAGGGGACAGUGGUGCUCACAGCGAAAAACAUUCAGUGUAUGCGGACGCUGUUGAAUUUGGCUCACUGUCACGGUGCUUAUCUGGGAACCUCUUGGCAGCUGGUUUUAGCCACACUACAGCAUCUGGUUUGGAUUCUGGGUCUGAAACCGGCUGUUGGUGGAGUUCUGAAACCUGGACGGGCUGUGGAGGGUCCCAGCACGGUUUUGACGACAGCAGUGAUGACUGAUCUACCUGUCAUUUCAAAUAUCCUCUCCAGACUAUUUGAGAGCUCACAAUACCUGGAUGAUGUUUCUCUGCAUCACCUGAUCAACGCUUUGUGCUCUUUAUCUAUGGAGGCCAUGGAAAUGGCCUACGGAAACAGCAAGGAGCCAUCUCUGUUUGCGGUGGCCAAGCUUUUAGAGACGGGGCUGGUCAAUAUGGACCGGAUCGAGAUUCUGUGGAGACCGUUGACGGCUCAUUUACUUGAGGUCUGUCAGCAUCCAAAUAGUCGUAUGAGGGAGUGGGGCGCGGAGGCCAUCACAGCUCUGAUUAAAGCCGGACUGUCUUACAAACAUGAUCCGCCACUGUCCCAAAACCAGAGACUGCAGUUGCUGCUUUUGAAUCCUCUGAAGGAGCUUUCAAACGUGCUUCACACAGACAUACGACAGAAACAACUGGAGUGUGUCCUUCAAAUUCUACAGAACCAGGGAGAUGGUCUCGGCCCGGGCUGGCCUCUGGUGCUGGGUGUCAUUGGAGCCAUCCGCAAUGACCAGGGUGAAUCACUCAUCCGAACAGCUUUCCAGUGCCUGCAGUUGGUGGUGACUGACUUCCUACCCACAAUGCCUUGCAUGUGCCUCCAGAUUGUGGUGGAUGUAGCCGGAAGCUUUGGUCUUCAAAACCAAGAGUUGAAUAUCAGCCUGACGUCCAUAGGCCUGCUGUGGAACAUCUCAGACUACUUCUUCCAAAGAGGUGAAACAAUUACAGAGGUGCUGGAGAGAGAGGAAGCUGUUCUCUUGAAACAAGCUCAAGAUAAAGGUGAACCUCUGAACCGACCGUUCCACCCUGCUCCACCCUUUGACUGCCUGUGGUUGUGCCUGUACGCCAAGCUGGGCGAGCUUUGCGUUGACCCGCGCCCGGCCGUGAGGAAAAGUGCCGGCCAGACGAUGUUCUCCACCAUUGCUGCUCAUGGAACGCUGCUACAACCACCAACCUGGAACAUUGUGGUUUGGAAGGUUCUUUUUCUUCUGCUGGACUGUGUAAGGAAGUCCUCCACCACAGCCGACAAGGAGAAGAUCGAAUCAGGGGGCGGCAACAUCCUCAUCCACCACUCACGCGACACAGCAGAGAAGCAGUGGGCGGAGACGUGGGUUCUGACACUCGCUGGCGUAGCUCGGAUCUUCAACACUAGGAGAUACUUGCUCCAGAAUCUGGGUGACUUCUUCAAAGCCUGGGAAGUUCUGUUGGAUCACAUCCAGUCCGCGGCCCUCAGCAAGAACAACGAAGUUUCCCUUGCAGCCCUCAAGAGCUUCCAGGAGAUCCUACAGCUAGUCACACCCGUUAAAGAUUUGGAUAAACCAGACGCCCUUGGCGCUGUGGACAUUCCCCCUGUCCUUCUGGAAUCUCUCCAAAUCACCGGGCCGGGAAGACCCCUAGUGCGAUCUGAUUCCCUCGCAGAGCGACUUGCCCAGCGCUACGUUGCCCAACUUCAGCUUCCGCCCCCUGGAGAGGAGCAGGAUGACUGUGCCCUCUGGUGGUCAGCCUGGAACACGUGGUACUUGAUAGGCACAGAGUGCACGCGGCCCCCUAGUGGUGGAACUGAUAAGCUAGCAUUUAUACCCAGUCAGCCUUUCCUGACGGCGUUAAUACAGAUUUUUCCAGCGUUGUACCAGCACAUCGCGGGAGGUUUUAGCAUGGAUGAUCUAAAGAAGCUAGGGGUGAUACUGCAUGGGGCUGUGUCGGUCCCCAUAAGCUCUGACGCUUCGCCGUUCAUCUUGCCCUCUUACACUGAGGCGGUGCUCACUAGUCUACAGGAAGCUGUGCUGACUGCCCUCGACGUCUUACAGAAGGCGAUUUGUGUGGGUUCUGAGAAUCUACAGGUGAUGUAUCCUGUCAUCUUUGAACAGCUACUGCUCUUCGUGGAGUUUUCCUGUAAACCUCCUCAGUACGGGAAAAUGGAGACCAAACAUGUGGCCAAUGCCAAAUACAACCAGGCGGAGUGGGUUGCCUUAAACUAUGUGCCGUUUGCGGAGCGAUCUUUGGAGGUGGUUGUGGAUUUGUAUCAUAAAACGGCGUGUCAUAAAGCCAUUAUUAACGAGAAAGUCCUUCAGAACAUUAUCAAGACUCUGAGGAUUCCUCUGGGUUUGAAAUACGCCUGUCCUGCUGAGAGCACUUGCAAACUCGCCGUCUCCUCGCUACUCAAAGUGCUUUCCAUUGGACUCCCUGUUGCCCGGCAACAAGCAUCCUCAGGCAAAUUUGACACCAUGUGGCCAGAGCUGGCGAACGCCUUUGAGGACUUCCUGUUUACUAAAAGCACACCUCCUGAUAAUCUGUCCAUUCAAGAGUUCCAGAAGAAUGAAGCUGUAGAUGUUGAGGUGGUGCAUUUGAUCAGCACUGAGAUUUUACCUUUUGCCAACUUCAUUCCCAAAGAUUUUGUGGGUCGGAUCAUGAGAAUGCUCAAUAAAGGAUCAAUACACUCCCAGUCAUCAUCAUUCACAGAGGCUGAGAUGGACAUCCGUAUGCGAGAGGAGUUCUCCAAGGUGUGUUUCGAAACGCUCCUGCAGUUCUCAUUCAGUAAUAAGGUAUCGACGCCGCAGGAGGGCUACAUCUCGCGAAUGGCGCUAUCAGUGCUGUUACAGAGAGCGCAGGACGUGCUGCGACGAUACGUGGAGGACGAGAGACUCAGUGGAUGCUGCCCGCUGCCCAGGCAACAAGUGACUGAGAUCAUCUUUGUGUUAAAGGCCAUCAGCACACUCAUGGAUUCCCUUAAAAAGACUCAACCAGAGAACGUGGACGGUAACGUUUGGGCUCAGGUGAUCGCGCUGUACCCGACGCUGGUGGAAUGCAUCACCUGCUCGUCUCCUAAAGUAAGCUCUGCCCUCAAAGACGCCCUGGGGCCCUUCAAAGACUUCAUGCAGCCGCCUGUCUCCAAAGUGCAGAACGGCGAAUCGUGACUGAAUGUUUUUUAUUCCACCGCAAACAUGAAUGUGACUGUUUCAUACGCACGUGUGAGGACUGAGAUUCACCCCCAUCGCCAAGGCAAACGUCAUGGUAACCGUCGGCUGACGGCUCCAGAUCCCAUCGUUCUAGAGCUGACAGGAGACUCUUAUUGGCCGACUUUAACGAUGCAUUAACUGCAACAUUAAAUUUGCAGUGUUUGUUGUUUUUAUGGUUUUUUCAUUCCCCCCGCCCCCCCCCAUGUACAGUGUUUGGUGAUAGUGUUAACGAUGUAAUUAAGAAUUCCGCAUUUGGAUGGAAAAUGAGUUCAAAUCCAAAAGGGAUUUAAAAUGAGUGAACAGGAAAAAAAUUUGAAUAAAUACAUGGUGUGAGGGAGUGAGUGAGGGAGUGAGUGAGGGAGGGAGGGAGGGAGUGAGUGUGAAAUUUUUUCAACAUUGAAUUUUAUGCAAGAUCUUACUGUAACAUUUCAUGUCAUCUUUAGUCGCAUUUUACAAUAAUAAAUGGUACAGUUCUAUAAACAUCAAACGGAUUGCUUCUCUGGUUAUUAAUUAAAUAUCUUGCUUUGCAUUGACUACAUCCAAAUAGCUCCAAUGCUGGUCAGUAUUACAUGCACAUUCAAAUAUGAAAAUAUAUCAAAGUUGAAGCGCUGAAUGCAGACUAAUGAGGCUAAAAAGGACUUAAAUAUUGAUCUGUUUGUCACCCACACCUGUCAUAUCACUUCAGAAGACAUGGGUUUAAUCACUGGAUUACUUUUAUGCUGCCUUUAUGUGCUUUUUGAAGCUUCAAAGUUUUGGCACCCAUUCACUUGCAUUAUAUAGACCUACAGAGCUGAGAUAUUCUUCUAAAAAUCUUCAUUUGUGUUCUGCAGAAGAAAGAAAGUCACACAUCUGGGACUAAACGAUGAGAGAAUUUUCAUUUUUGUGGGAACUGUCCCUUUAAAUUCACUAGGCUACACGUCUAAUUAAAAUUAACUUCGAGUCAUGCUUUCUUCUUAGUGUCAAGAAACUAAAAUGUGUUAUAUGCCAACUUGAUUUCCUAUUUAAGAUUAGAAAUGUCUCAAUGUCCUGGUUGUAGGUUUCUACAGCGCAUACGACAAUCAGAAAUCGCCUCAUUCAAACUCACACGCUCACAAGCUCGUGUCAGCUGGGGGCGUGGCCUCGAAGUGGGUGUGCGCGACGUGGGCGGUGUCCCUGUGACACCCCAUUGGCUGUUCUCCCAGCCUAUAGCGACGCAGCUAAAGGGAGUGUAGCGCGCUCACGAGAGUACUACAUGCAUUCACCUCGUACUCUCUGCGCGCAUCAGUUAAGCACGAGGAUUCCUGGAGUUCUUUUCAUUCGGAUGCGAUUUCGGACGCUUUUUCGGCUUCUCAAAGCCGUUUUGCCGUGUACUGGCUGAGGUAGUAGUUUGUGCUGUUGGUUGGGAUGCGACAUUGCCCGUUAUGGAGAUGACUGCGCAAGCUACUCCCUUGCCAGUGCUGGUCACUCUCUUCUCAUUCGCUUUGGAAUCCAAAUCUUCUGGAAAAUAUGAUGCUUUAUGUUUUAUAUAUUCAUAUGUGUGUGUGUGAUAAAGUCAUUAUUUUGAGAGUUGUAGAGCUGUGCAAAUGUGUACUCCAUGGUAAGUCUGAUUUAAAUGAAAUAAACGUAUGUUGCUUAAAGACAAAUUGCUGUUUUACUU